AUGGUUGUUGGGUCAGCGCUCCUGUUGCGCCCUGUGCCUUUACUUGUUGCCAGCACACCCGGCUCUGGACCUGGAUCCUAUUGGCAGCGACGCCUGUUCAACUUUGCAGGCUCUACAAAUAUCGCAAUAUCCACUUACAAGCCUGGCACACAACGCUUUAUAUCGUCAACGCCUCUGCGCCUCGAGUCUUCAGGUCAAGAUGACCCCAGAUUGAAGGAAAUCCUAGGCAGGACUAUCGCAGACGAUUUUGCCAAGUUGCGCUCUGACUAUGCGUCACCCAAAUACCCCGUGGUGCUUGCCCAUGGCCUGCUUGGCUUCUCGACUCUCGAGCUUGCAGGUCAUUUGCUCCCACCCAUUGAGUAUUGGCACGGUGUCAGGAGCGCCCUUGAAUCGCGAGGCGUGACUGUCGUUACGCCCUCGGUGCCGCCUUCGGCAAGCAUCGCGGUACGAGCCGCCAAGCUGGCGACGCAGAUCGCCGAUUCGGUGCCCAGCGGCACGCCCGUCAACAUAGUCGCGCACUCCAUGGGAGGUCUGGAUGCCAGGCUUCUCGCGUCACCGGCAUUUGCGGAUCAGCUCUCCUCCGUGACCGCAGAACGCCUCAACGUGGCAUCGCUGGUGACCAUAUCGACGCCCCAUCGCGGCAGCACCUACGCCGAGCAUGUCAUCAACAUGCUGGGCCCACAGAGGUUAGAGGCGGCCCGGCGCAUGCUUCGGACCACGAUGGGCUGGGACAACACGGAAGCGUUUGAGCAGCUGACACCGAGAUACAUGAAGGAGGUUUUCAAUCCCGCUACUCCGGACCAUCCGGACACGCGAUACUUUUCCUAUGGUGCCAUGACGGAUGGGCGGCCGCGACUUUUUAGCCCCUUUCGUGCGUCGCACAAGAUUAUCGAGGCUGCCGAGGGCCCCAACGAUGGUCUCGUGUCUGUUGAAAGCAGUAAAUGGGGUACAUAUGAAGGGACUGUGGUCGGUGUUUCACACCUGGCCCUGAUCAACUGGACGAAUAGACUUGGCUGGACGGUUAGAAAAUGGCUAGGUCAAGAAGAGACCUUCAACGCAAUUGCGUUUUAUCUUGACAUUGCAGACAUGUUGGCGAAAAGGGGAUUGUAG